AUGAACAGUGGUGGUCAAUCCACAGCUUCGGCUCCUGGGAUCAGGGUCUUGGUUGAGCCUGCAGAACAAGAAGUAGGCAGUCCCAACAAGAACGAUGACGGAAUUGAUAUAGUCGCAAUUCACGGAAUUGGAGCCGACCCGGACAAAACUUGGACUGGGCGGGGGCCAGCCGGGGAACGAGUCAGUUGGCUCUCGGAUUCUGGAAUGCUCCCUAAGGCGGUACCUACUGCCCGGAUUAUGCGUUUUGGAUAUGAAUCCGCCUGGUACGGCACUAAACUGGACGAGCCCAAGAAAACACACGUGUUCGACGUAGCUGAAAUGUUGCUCAAACAGCUGGAACUCAAUCGCCAAGAUAUUACUCGGCCGAUAAUAUUUAUCGCACAUAGUUACGGUGGCCUUGUGCUUAUGCAGGCUCUUAGACGCUCCUUCGACAAUCCGAAUAAGUGUGGGCAUCUAUUCCGGUUUACAGCUGGUGCCAUAUUUUUUGGAACACCAUUUCGAGGACGGAGAGGCCUUACGCUAGCUCAAAUUAUUGAGGCAGUUGCACAACAUAAUCCGGACCUUCAAAUCUAUUCAGAAACGAUGGCGCUGUCUGUUGAAGAGAAUCCCUAUCUUCAGAAUAUAGUCUAUCAGUUUACAGAAACACGUCGCUGCGAUCAUCCGAUACCACUUUGGUGUUUCUACGAGACUAAGCCAAGUCCGAUAGGCAAGACACUGCUAAAUAGUGCUAUAAAAGAUGGGUACCUCAUACCAGCGGAAUCAGCAUGUUUAGAUCCAUCCAAGAGCAUAGAACGGUAUCCUCUGGAACGUCAUCAUUACAAUCUCCAGAAAUUCUCCGGCCCCUCAGAUCCAGGGUAUCUAGUUGCCAAGAAAGCAAUCGUGGACCUGGCUACAAGAGCACAUAACUACCUUCGAGAAUGUUGUAUUGAUAGGACGCAGAAAUCUUGCUAUCAUAUUGAACUUGCCAAGAACAAUCAAUUUACCGGUCGCAACUCUAUAUUAAAGGCGAUUGAGCAGAAGUUCUUCGGCAAGGACCAAAGCCAAAGGAUUGCGCUCGCCGGACUCGGCGGAGUAGGCAAAACUCAAAUAGCUUUGCAUUUUGUCUAUCAAUUAAAGGAAAAGCGACCGGAUUAUUCGAUCUUUUGGGUGCCACUUCUGGGUCAUGAGAGCGUGGAGCGGGCUUACAGAGAAAUUGCCAAAAAGCUUCAUUUGCAGAAGAGCAGUGACAACGAGGAUAUGAAAGACAUGGUUUACCAAUAUCUCAGCUUGUGCAAAGCUGAUAAAUGGCUCUUUAUUUUGGACAACGCUGACGAUCAAGAGCUUAUGUUUGGAUCCGCCCACAAGCCAGGUGUAGAAGAGUAUUUGCCUAAGAAUGAAAACGGCAUAAUCUUAUUGACGACCCGAUCUAGGCAAGUCGCGGUCGAGUUCGCACGAGCUGAUGUGAUCGACAUCGAACAAAUGAAUCAAGAAGAAGCGGCGAAUCUCUUUAAGAAAUCUUUAGUUCAAGAUCAGCCGCCUCUGGACGAAGCCCUUGUCACCGAGCUGCUCACCUAUCUAACAUUUCUCCCGUUGGCUAUCACGCAGGCUGCAGCAUAUCUAAACGUGACCAUGGCGCCUAUUCAAACUUAUUUGGGGCUCUUGCGAGGUGCUGAGAAGGACGUUACCAGAUUGUUGGGUAGAGAAUUCAAGGACAGCACCCGGUACAGGGGUUCCCGAAACGCCGUAGGAACAACAUGGCUAGUGACUUUCGACCAGAUCGAAAAGUCGGACCCGGUCGCGGUCGAUCUGUUGUCAUUUAUAUCAUGCAUUGAGCCGAAGGCAAUUCCGCAAUCGAUAUUAUCAAAUAUUGAACCUGAGCAGAUGGAGUGGGCGGUUGGCACGCUUCGCAGCUACUCGUUUCUGGUUCGUCGGGAAGAUAGUAGCACGUUUGACAUGCACAGUCUUGUACACAUGGCGACGCGAGAAUGGGUCAAGAGGCAGGGCCGGAGGGAGGAGGUGGUGAACGACGCGAUAUGUCAUCUUGCAAGGAUCUUCCCUCCAAACAACCGUGCUAACCAUGAGUUGAGGAGAGAGUACCUACCACAUGUGACGCGGUCUCUGUAUCAAAAUGAUGAGCAAUGGACAGAUGAUGCCUACUAUCUGUUUGGGGAAAUUGGAGAUUGCUUCUACAACGACAGACGAUUUAAAGAAGCGGCGAAGUGUUACGAGGCCGUGUGUCGGUGGCAACAAGACCAUCUUUCCAAAGACGACCAUAAUGGACUAGCAUCAGAGCACAACCUUGCAAGCGCAUACCUCAGUGACCGACGCAUUAAGGAUGCGAUUGAGAUAUUCGAGCGUGUGGUGGCAGUUCAAAAGGAGACGCUGGACGAGAAGGACCAUUCUCGACUAACAUCAGAGCACGCACUUGCAAGCGCAUACCUCGAUGACGGACGCAUCAAGGAUGCGAUUAAGAUACUCAAGCAUGUAGUGGCAGUUCGAAAGGAGACGUUGGACGAGAAGGACCAUUCUCGACUAACAUCAGAGCACGCACUUGCAAGCGCAUACCUCGAUGACGGACGCAUUAAGGGUGCGAUUAAGAUAUUCGAGCGUGUGGUGGCAGUUCGAAAGGAGACGUUGGAUGAGAAGGACCAUUCUCGACUAACAUCAGAGCACGAACUUGCAAGGGCAUACCUCAGUGAUCAACGCUUUAAGGAUGCGAUUGAGAUAUUAGAGCGUGUGGUGGGAGUUCGAAAGGAGACGCUGGAUGAGAAGGACCAUUCUCGACUAACAUCAGAGCACGCACUUGCAAGCGCAUACCUCGAUGACGGACGCAUUAAGGAUGCGAUUGAGAUGCUUGGACGCAUUGUGGCUCUGGAGAGUGAUAUACUUGCUCAUGAUGACCCAAGAAGACUGUUAUCCGUUGACUUGCUUACAGAAGCAUAUGGGAGAAUGUAG